CACUAUCAGCCCCACAUGUUUAUAAGUAGCUCUCAUUAGGCGCAACAGUUGGUUUUGGAGUCUUAAUCAGCAAUCAGUGCGGUUAUCUAACUAAUUAAUUAAACAACCCACCAUGGCCAGCAACUACGAAGGCUAUAAGUCCCCGUUGAGCACCCGGUAUGCCAGCAAGGAGAUGCAGUUCCUGUUCAGUGACCAGAACAAGUUCUCAACCUGGCGCCGGUUGUGGGUUUGGCUAGCCAAGGCGGAGAGCCAGCUAGGCCUGGAAAUCACCGGGGCGCAAAUUGCUGAGAUGGAGCGGGAGAUCACAAACAUCGAUUUCGAGGCGGCGGCCGCCGAGGAGCGCCUCACCCGACACGAUGUGAUGGCCCAUGUCCAUGUCUUCGCCAAGCAGUGCCCGGCGGCGGCACCGGUGAUCCACUUGGGCGCCACCUCGUGCUAUGUGGGUGACAACACGGACCUGAUUGUCCUGCGUGAUGCUCUGAAACUGCUCUUGCCACGAGUGGCCAGUGUAAUAGCACGACUGUCACAGUUCGCUCAAAGCUACAAGGAUCAGCCCACUUUGGGAUUCACCCACCUGCAGCCAGCACAGCUCACUACCGUGGGAAAACGGGCCUGUCUUUGGAUCCAGGACCUGCUGAUGGAUGAGCGGGCUCUGAACCGAUGCCUCGAGGAUCUGCGCUUCCGCGGUGUGAAGGGCACCACUGGCACUCAAGCUUCUUUCCUCCAGCUAUUCGAAGGCGAUGGCGAGAAGGUCAAAAAACUGGAUCAGCUUGUAACCGAACUGGCUGGCUUCAAGAAAGCCUACGCCGUGACUGGACAGACCUACUCACGCAAGGUUGAUGUGGAGAUUGUGGCAGCUCUGUCUAGUCUGGGUACCAGCAUCCACAAGAUGUGUUCCGACCUGCGAAUUCUGGCUUCACGCAAGGAACUGGAGGAGCCCUUCGAGAGCACCCAGAUAGGCUCCUCGGCGAUGGCUUACAAGAGGAACCCCAUGCGUUCUGAACGCUGUUGCGCCCUGGCCCGUCACCUGAUCACCUUGUUCAGCAGUGCCGCCAACACCCAUGCCACCCAGUGGCUCGAACGUACCCUAGAUGACUCGGCAAACCGGAGGCUGACUCUUUCGGAGUCCUUCUUGGCAGCCGACGCUGCGCUGCUCACCUUGCUGAAUAUCUCGCAGGGAUUGGUAGUCUACCCGAAGGUGAUUGAGAAGCACAUUGCCCAGGAACUGCCAUUCAUGUCCACGGAGAACAUUAUCAUGGCCAUGGUAAAGGCUGGCGGGGAUCGGCAGGUGUGCCACGAAAAGAUCCGAGUACUGUCCCAGGAGGCGGGCGCUCAGGUCAAGCAGCACGGCAAGGACAACGAUUUGGUGGACCGCGUGCGAAAGGAUCCGUACUUCUCACCGAUCCUGGAGCAGUUGGAUACAAUUCUGGACGCCAAGACGUUUACAGGGCGAGCCAGUGACCAGGUUGGCGAGUUUGUAGCCGAGGAAGUGCAACCAGUGCUGGCACGAUAUGCGGAGGCCUUGAAAACCGUUCAGGACGUCAAGCUCAAUAUUUAAAUUCCACUCGACAUCGAUUACGAUUAUGUUGCCCUGUAUUAAACCGAUUUUGUUUUCGCUUUUGUAAAAUACACACAAACUUCCACACCUAA